AUGUUCAAAUAUAAACUAAGCUAUAUUUAUAUUCAACAGAAUAAUAACGCUUGGCAUUAUCGACAUGGGUGUGUAAGAUUUGCCAAAAACUUUCACAAAGCUGCUAACUUUUCAACACCCAUAUCACCAACUGCUUACUACUCAAAUCAGAAGCUGAAUGAGCUAUGGAAAUCAGGUCGAAUCAACGAAGCACAACACCUGUUUGAUGAAAUGCCUGAGAAAGACGAGUUUACUUGGAAUACCAUGAUUGCUGGUUUAGCGAAUUCAGGGAAGGUAAUUGAUGCACAAAAGUUGUUUGAUGAGACUCCAAAGAAGAGUCCCAUUACUUGGUCUUCGUUAAUUUCCGGGUAUUGUAAACUGGGACUUGAAGAUGAGUCAAUGAGGUUGUUUUAUGAGAUGCAGUGUGAAGGGUAUAGCCCGAGUCAGUUUACGUUAAGGAGUGUUCUUAAGAUGUGUUCGUUAAAUGGGUUGUUGUUUAGAGGGGAGCAGUUUCAUGGGUACGUGAUUAAGACUCGGUUUGAUGUGAAUGAGUUUGUGGUGACUGGACUUGUUGAUAUGUAUGCACAAUGCAAGCGGAUGUCUGCAGCAGAAUAUCUGUUUAAGAGGAUGUCUUAUGGAAAGAAUCAUGUUACUUGGACUGCGAUGAUUACUGGGUACUCAAGGAACCAUGAUCAAAUUGGGGCAAUUGAGUGCUUUCGUGAUAUGAGAGCUGAAGGGAUCGAGGCUAAUCAGUAUACGUUUCCUAGUGUUUUGACAGUGUGUGGUGAAAUAUCGGGUUAUAGGUUUGGGAUGCAGGUGCAUGGUUGUAUUGUGAAGGGUGGUUUUGGUGCUAAUGUGUUUGUGGAAAGUGCAUUAGUAGACAUGUAUGCGAAAUGUGGAUGUUUGGACGAUGCUAGAAUUGUGUUAGAGUCAAUGGAAGUUAAUGACAUUGUUUCUUGGAACUCUAUGAUAGUUGGGUGUGUGAGGCAAGGUUUUAGACAUGAAGCGCUUCUUUUGUUCAAGAAAAUGCAUCUGAAGAGCAUGAAAAUCGAUAACUAUACAUACCCUUCUGUGCUAAACUGUUUUGCUUCCUUAAACGACACUGAAUAUGUGAAAUCUUCACAAACCGUCCAUUGUAUGGCAGUGAAAACCGGCUUUGAAAGACAUGUUUCAGUAAGUAAUGCUCUUGUGGACAUGUAUGCCAAAAGAGGUGAUUUAGGGUGUGCAUUUGAGGUAUUUAAUAACAUGGAAGAGAAAGACGUGGUUUCAUGGACUUCAUUGGUCACUGGCUAUACUCACAAUACCGCCCACGAAAAAGCUCUUAAAUUAUUCUGUGAAAUGAGGAUUUCAGGAAUCAAAUCGGACCAAUUUGUCACUGCACGCAUCUUCAGUUCUUGUGCAGAACUCACUCUUCUUGAUUUUGGACAACAAGUUCAUGCCGAUUUUAUCAAACUAGGUUUUGUUUCAUCUUUAUCGGUUGAUAACUCUCUUGUGACUAUGUACACUAACUGUGGUUGCAUAGAAGAUGCUAACAAAGUUUUUGCUUCAAUGACGAUCAAGAAUGUAAUUACGUGGACUGCACUAAUCAUGGGCUAUGCUAAAAAUGGUAAAUCAACGGAAGCAUUAGUGUUGUACAAUCAAAUGCUUGAAAGUGGCAUAAAACCCGACUUCAUAACUUUCAUCGGGUUGCUAUUUGCUUGUAGUCAUGCUGGACUUGUGGAUCAAGCCCGUCAAUACUUUGACUCAAUGGUCAACUUUUACCAUAUAAAGCCAGGUCAAGAUCACUAUGCUUGUAUGAUUGACCUAUUAGGGCGAUCGGGAAAGAUAAAUGAGGCAGAAGAGCUACUAAAUAACAUGGCAGUUGAACCUGAUGCCACUGUAUGGAAAGCAUUGCUUUCGGCUUGCAAGGUUCAUGGGAAAAUGGAGCUUGCAGAGAAAGCGGCAAAUAUCCUUUUUGAAUUGGAACCACAAGAUGCGGUCCCCUACAUUAUGCUAUCGCACUUAUACUCUUCAGCGGGUAAAUGGGAUGAUGUUGCAAGAAUGAGAAGUCUAAUGAAAUCAAGAGCUGUAAAUAAGGAACCGGGCUAUAGUUGGAUGGAAAUCAAUAGUAAAGUUCAUUCUUUUAUGUCUGAAGAUAGAAACCAUGAAAAGACAAAUGUGAUAUAUUCAAAGAUCGAUGAGGUUAUGAUGUUGAUUAGAGAAGCAGGUUAUGUUCCUGAUGUGAAAUUCGCAUUGCAUAAUAUUGAUGAAGAAGGUAAAGAACGUGGUCUUGCUUAUCAUAGUGAGAAGUUAGCAGUAGCUUUUGGGCUUUUGGAAUUGCCACCUGGAAUGCCUAUACGCAUCUAUAAGAACCUUCGGGUUUGUGGUGAUUGUCAUACUGCUAUGAAGUAUAUAUCCAGUGUUUAUGGCCGGAUCAUAAUUUUGAGAGACUCCAAUCGAUUUCAUCACUUUAAAGAUAAAGUUUGUUCUUGUGGAGAUUAUUGGUAGGCAAUGUUCAUUUGCAGUUUGCUGCAAACUGCCUUUGUUGUAUCUGUUUGUGUCGCCUCAUUGACACUCUCAUUCGCUCAUAGCAAUGAAGAUUUGGUUAGGGUUAAGUUUGUUGAAGAGAGAUGAUGAUGACGGAGAUUUGAAAAUGAUGACUGUAACCGAAGGAAGAUGAGAUUGUCCAGCUAGUAUUAGUCAAGUGUAUACGCAUUUCUCAGCACAAUUACAGAAAUUAGAUAGCAAAUGAAUUGCUGAACCACCAAAUAUAUGUGAGUUAAGCAAUAGAUUACUACUGGGUGGCAACAAAUAGAUCAUACGUAAUUGACAAGCCAUUGAUACUUGGAUAUGAGAGACUAACAAGAGGAAGAUGAUCUUGAUUACUUGUUUUUACCUUUUUUGUAAGCAUCUCUUAGGAUAUACAGAUUCUUUUUUUUUUUCCUUUCAAA